CUGUUUCCUUAGAGUGUCUCGGGAUGAAGUCGCGAAUAUUCUGCUUUAUCGCCAUUUUCGUUGGCACGCUCGCGUUCUACGUGCUUGCUAUCCCAGUAUCGUCGGUGGAACCAACGACGUCAACGACACAGGAGAACAUCGAUUGCACUAAUCCGAACUUCAAGACGUACAUAUAUUGCCUCAAGAGACUGAAGAGACACCAUCAUCACAAUGACGAUCCGAAUCAUGGAGAAUAUGACGAAAUAUGCAAGACGUCGUGUAUGAAGAAAUGCGAGUACGAACGUUCGAUAAGUGACUGUCAGGAUUAUUGUAGUUACUGUCUACGAAGAACGAAGCACAAGCAACAGGUGAUCACUGAAACCGAGUACGAAACCGAAAGUGCAAAACCAAGCAUUUGUAAGAAUAACACUGACUGCGAAGUACAUCCAAAGGAUAGUAAACCUUUCAAUGUCACGAUUAUAGUGGAUGUUAAUACCAGUUCGGCCAAUGGAUCAUCAAGUGUAUCUCCACCGGUAGUCUUCCUUCCGUUCCCUCCAUAUGCUCCGUUUCCUCCGUAUCCUACCUAU